AUGAAUAUCCGAAGAGCCACGCCAGAGGAUUUGCCCGGAAUGCAAGCAUGUAACUUGCAAAAUCUUCCCGAGAACUACCAGAUGAAAUAUUAUAUGUAUCACGCCAUGACAUGGCCGCAGCUAUCCUACGUCGCAGAAGACCACAAGGGCCGCAUUGUUGGGUACAUUAUGGCCAAAAUGGAGGAGGAUCGAAAAGAAGGCGAAGAGCCUCAUGGACAUGUCACUUCCAUCUCCGUACUCAGGACAUACAGGAGGCUAGGGCUUGCAAAGAAACUUAUGAUCCAAUCCCAGGAGGCAAUGGCCACCGUUUAUCGUGCCAAGCACGUCUCGCUUCAUGUCCGCAAAUCCAACCGAGCCGCGAUCGGCCUCUAUCGCGACACUCUGGGUUUCGAAGUUGCGGGCGUGGAAGAAAAAUACUAUGCGGACGGAGAGGAUGCAUAUGCCAUGAAAUUAUCUUUAAAAUACUUGAAUUAA